AUUAACGGUCCUGAUUCAAGCGGAACUGUUUUCCUUUAUAUAUAAUCCCCAAAUUAACCACGCCAAUCCCUAUACUUUUCUGCGGGACCCUCACAAUUUCUCUCUCCGAAAAAAAUCCCUCCUUUUCCUUAUCUCUCUACCAUCUUCGAUCUCUCACGUAAUCCAAUUAUCCUUCAAUGGCGGUAUGACAGCUGGGUCAUAAUUUUGGUGGUUAUUUAUGAAUUUGUUGAGAUGUCCUCGAAUGCUUGUUGUUGUUGAAUACCAGCUUUAGAGAUAGUUGCUGGACUUAGCAAGACAUAAAGUUGAGGAAGAGGUACUUUAUAGAUACGUGUUGGUUUGUUGGGGUUUGAGAAGAUGGCUGGAAAUGUGAGGUACGAUUUGAGUUCUGCUAGUCCAGAGGAAUUAGGUUUUACAGGUAGCUUUUCUAAUGGGCAGAGGGGGAGUUAUCCUAAUGCCAGUUUUGAUAGGUCUGGAAGCUUCCGGGAGAGCAGUGAGAGCAGAAUGUUCAGUUCUGGGGCAAGUACACCCAGGGCUUCUGCUUCACCAGCAAGGAGCAUGGGCCCACUUACUCAACAUCUGUCAUUGGAUCCGGUUACUAUGGGGGACCCAAAAUAUACUCGAACAGGCGAGUUAAAGAGGGCUUUUGGGAUAUCUCUUGGGAGUGCUACAGAAGAUAAUUCUUUUGGAGCUGCUCAUUCAAAGCCACCCCCUGCAGUAGAUGUAGAGGAACUGAAGCGGAUCAGAGCAGGUGUAUUAGAUGACUAUCGGAAGUCUAGGAAUAGAGCAAAAAUGUGGAAUGAAAACUUGCUAAGACUUCAAAAAUUCCCAGAAGAUUUAAAUUCAAAGAAUCAACAACGAAGUGAGAUGCUAAUGAAUGAAAGAUCUGGUGGUUCAAAUUUUUUGAAGAUGGGAACGCAGAUUCAUCGAAACCCUUCAGACCUUGGGACUCAAAGAUUAGAGGACAGGACUAAGACCAUUGUUUUGAAUAAGCGUGUUCGCUCUUCUGUAGCAGAAUCACGGGUUGAUGGCCGAAGCAAUACAGUUCUGAGGCAGCCUUUGGUGACAGGAAAAGACAGAGAUAUACACAGGGAUGGUGAAGUUUCUAAUCUUACUGAAGAAAAGGUCCGUAGGCUACCUGCUGGAGGAGAAGGGUGGGACAAAAAGAUGAAAAAGAAACGUUCUGUUGGCACUGUUUUUACCAGGACAAUAGACAGUGACGGGGAAGUUAAACGAAUGAUGAAUCAUAAGUUUAAUAAUGAACACAGUCUGCAGUCUUAUGAUGCCCAAGGCUUCAGGUCAGGAUCUUUUAAUGGGAGUAGUGGCAUGAACAAGGUAGAUGGAAUUUCAUCAUCUGCUAAUUCAAAUACCCGUGCCAUUCCCAAGGAAUCGGAAAAAGUUUCUUUGACAAGGGAUUAUGCUGCUGGCAUGAAUAAGGAGCGACUUGUAGUGAAAGCAAACAAUAAGGUAAAUAUCACAGAGGACAAUAAUCACACAGUGAGUCCAAGUCCAUUGACAAAAGGAAAGGCUUCCAGGACACCUCGAACAAGCUCAUUAAUGGCAGCAAGUACAUCUACUAAUACUCCCCUCUCACCUGGGGGUUUUGAUGGUUGGGAACAACCACCAGCCAUAACCAAGGUCAAUUCAGUUGGGGGGCCUAAUAAUCGCAAGCGUCCCAUGCCUACAGGGUCAUCAUCUCCUCCAAUGGCUAAAUGGGUUGGUCAGAGACCACAAAAAAUAUCUCGUACCAGAAGGGUGAAUGUAGUGUCUCCCGUCUCUAAUCAUGAUGAAGGGCAGAUGUCAUCAGAAAGAGGACAUGUUUCUGAUUUUGCCACUCGAGUGACUUCUGGGAUUGAUGGGCCUCCUCUUGCCAAGGAUGUGCUUAAUGGAACCACACAAGUCAGAGUGAAACAUGAAAAUGUUUCAUCUCCAUCAAGAUUAUCUGAAAGUGAAGAAUCUGGUGCUGGUGAAAAUCGUGAGGGUAAGCCCAAGGACAAGAGAACAGGUAGUGGUGGGGUAGAGGAGAGAUCGCUGAAUCAGAAUGCUGUUCCUUCUCUAUUGGUUACAAAGAAGAAUAAAACACUCGGUAGGGAAGACACUGGUGAUGGUGUGCGAAGACAAGGAAGGACUGCUCGGGGUCCAUCUUCUAGGACAAACAUUUCACCAAUGAGGGAGAAGUUGGAGAAUCCAGCCUCGACCAAACCACUAAGAAAUACGAGGCCCAUUUCAGACAAGAGCGGAAGCAAGACAGGUCGUCCUCCUCUUAAAAAAAUAUCAGAUCGCAAGGCCUUCACUCGACUUGGGCAAAUACCAAUAAGCGGUUCCCCAGAUUUCUCAGGUGAAUCAGAUGACGAUCGCGAAGAACUCUUAGCUGCUGCAAAUUUUGCUUGCAAUGCCAGCUAUCUUUCCUGUUCUGGUUCUUUUUGGAAGAAAAUGGAGCCAGUUUUUGCUCCCAUCUGCUCUGGGGAUUCAUCCUACUUGAAGCAACAGUUGAAGUCUGUGGAGGAUCUCCACAAGAGAUUAUAUGAGAUGUUUGACUGCAGCAAUAAUUCGGGUGAUUUUGUGCUUGAAGAAGAUAUUCCAUCCCAACUUAUUCAUGAAGAAAGUGAGAGAAACUUGCAGGACCAGGAUCCACCAAAAAAGUUGGUGAGGACUUCAGAUUUGGUAGAUCCAAAACAGGACAAUAGUGCUGUAUGUGGAGGCUCAAGAACAAGAAACAAAGCUACUCCACUGUACCAAAGAGUGUUGUCUGCUCUGAUUGUAGAAGAUGGGUCAGAAAAAUUUGCAGAAAACAGUGGAGGGAGAAAUAUUUCUUUUCAAUGUACUGGAGAUAGUUCUCCAGGUGAUGAUUGUCUCUCAGUGGAUUUUGAGCCCGGGAGCACAAAUGGCAUUGAUUUUAAUUAUGAAUCUAUGCUGGGUUUUCAACAUCAGAAGCAAUCUUCCGUUGAUGGUUUUUCUUGUAAUGGAAAUAGUACUGUUAAUAGGAUCGGUGGUUUUCACAAUAAUUCCUAUAUUGAUCAUUUGGUGCAAGGAGGUAAUGGAUUUAUGCACUCAAAAACCGGAAUGUUCCCUGGGAGUUUUGAGAAUAAUGAUGAGAAAUCAACCAUUCAUUCAAAUGCCAUCAGCAUGUCUGCAUAUGAUUGCCAAUAUGAGCAACUAGGCCUGGAGGACAAACUCUUGAUGGAGCUGCAGAGUGUUGGUUUAUAUCCAGAAACAGUGCCUGAUCUAGCAGAUGGAGAGGAUGAAGCAAUUAAUGAAGAUAUUAUUGAGCUCCAGAAUAAACUUCAACAGGUUGGUAAAAAGGAACACUUGGACAAUUUAACUAGAGCUGUUGAGGAGGGAAGGGAGUUGCAAGAAUGGCCCCUUGAGCAGGUUGCAAUGGAUAGGCUUGUUGAAUUGGCUCACAGAAAGCAGUUGGCCACCAGAGGAAAUAAUGCUUCAAAAUUUGGGGUUCCAAAGGUUUCGAAACAAGUUGCCUUGGCUUUUACAAGGAGGACUCUUGCUAAAUGUAGAAAAUUUGAAGAUACAGGCAAGAGUUGUUUUUGUGAGCCCCCCCUUCGAGAUGUCAUUUUCGCUGCACCUCGUGCAAUUGUUGUGGAGUCCACAAGUUGUAUUCAGGAUCCUGGGGCUUCAGGCUCUUUCACUGGUAGAGCUGAUAGGCAUGAUCUUCACAACGAUAAAUUUGGCAGGGGUGUAUCAUUAGACCAUGAUUUUGCCAGAACUGGACCAUUAUUGAACAGAGGGAGGAAGAAGGAACUACUGCUUGACGAUGUUGGUGGUAAUGCUUUGUUCAAAACCACAUCAUCUGUUGGUAAUACUCAGCUGGGUGGAGCCAAGGGAAAGAGAAGCGAGAGAGAAAGGGACAAGGAUGUAUUAGCUAGAAAUUCUGUCACCAGAGCUGGUCGUGCUUCUCAGAGCAAUAUCAAGGGUGACCGUAAAACAAAAUCAAAACCCAAGCAGAAGAUUGCUCAGCUAUCAGCUUCUGGAGAUGGAAUUAUCAACAAGUUCAAAGAAACAGGUAGCAAUAAGAAAAGAGAAGUUGGGGCAACAUCCAAGGGUUCAAAUCCUGUAGAUUCAUCGAAAAAAAGCAGAGCGACAAACAUUGCCGAGUUCCAAGAUUUAGACUCUAUAGAACUACACGAGGGCAAUGAUUUCAGUGACACUCAGGAUCUGAAUAGUUUGUUUGAUGGGUUGCCAGAAAACGACUUUGCAGGUGAAAUUCUACUUGAUGACUUGCCCCUUCAAAUUCCUAUGGACGACCUUUCAAUGAUUCUAUAAAAUAGAGUUAAGUGUAAAUUUAAAUGACAGUGCUCUUGCCCGGGACCAACCUGCUAAUAUAAUUUAUGUCACAGGCAGCUCUCACUUGUAAUUAUGGUCAUUCUUUAUGUAUACUUGAGUGAAUCAGUUUGAAGGGAAAAAAAAAAAACAGGGGAAGAAAUUUUGUUUCUGUUCAAGACAGUUAGUGCAAUUAUUCUACAGAAACUUUUCUUAUAUAUAGAUCCACCAUUAGCGCAA